UCCUCGUUGUUUCGCGCGAGAGAGUCUAGUUGAACUUCCUCGCGAAAGGUACGCGCACUUGUACACUUACGCCUUGGGAGGAUUUUAUCGUAUCGCCGGUGCUCAGAAACCCGGACAAGAAAUGGCGUCUCAAGUGGGGAAGCUUUUGCUUUCCCUUGGUGCCCUGCUAGCUUUAUCCGUCUCCUCCUCAGCAGGCGAUCAAAUGGGCAGAGUCGCCUGUUACUUCACUAACUGGGCCAUCUACCGGCCGGGCAUCGGUCGCUACGGCAUCGACGACAUGCCCGCCGAUCUCUGCACCCACGUCAUCUACUCGUUCAUCGGCGUGAGCAACAUGACCUGGGGAGCCCUCGUACUCGACCCCGAAAUCGACGAAGUCCAAAGUGGCUUCAAAAACUUUACGGCUCUCAAGAAAAAGCACCCCCAUUUGAAGACCCAAGUGGCCGUGGGCGGCUGGGGCGAGGGAGGGCGCAAGUACAGCGCUCUCGUGCACGACAAGCGGCGCAGGGACUCCUUCAUCAAGGAUGUCGUCAGGUUCAUGAAUCAGUAUGGAUUCGAUGGGUUCGAUCUCGAUUGGGAGUACCCGGGAGCUUCGGACCGAGGGGGCAGUUACUCGGACAAGGACAUGUUCUUCUACUUUGUCGAGGAGCUGAGAAGGGCUUUCGACAAAGCCGGCAAGGGCUGGGAGAUCACCAUGGCCGUGCCGCUUGCCAAGUUUAGGCUUCAAGAGGGGUAUCACGUGCCGGAACUCUGCGAGUGA